AUGGAUGAUUCAACCAAGUACCAGGAUGGUAAAGAGUUUGGCAUAGGGGACCUUGUGUGGGAAAAGAUCAAGGGCUUCUCUUGGUGGCCUGCCAUGGUGGUGUCAUGGAAAGCUACCUCCAAACGCCAGGCCGUGGCUGGCAUGCGAUGGGUGCAGUGGUUUGGUGAUGGCAAAUUCUCUGAGGUUUCUGCAGACAAACUGGUGGCUCUGGGGCUGUUCAGCCAGCACUUUAACCUGGCUACCUAUAACAAGCUGGUUUCUUACAGAAAGGCCAUGUACCAUGCCCUGGAGAAAGCCAGGGUGCGUGCUGGCAAGAACUUCCCUGGCGGUCCUGGAGACUCACUGGAGGACCAGCUGAAGCCCAUGUUGGAGUGGGCCCAUGGGGGCUUCAAGCCUACUGGCGUGGAAGGCCUCAAACCCAACAAGAAGCAAACAGUGGUUAAUAAGUCGAAGGUGCGUCGUGCAGGCAGUAGGAAAUUAGGAUCCAGGAAACACGAGAACAAGAGUCGAAGACGCAUAGCUGACGACUCUGCCACUUCUGACUACUGUCCCCCACCCAAACGCCUCAAGACCAAUUGCUAUAACAAUGGCAAAGACCGAGGAGAUGAAGAUCAGAACCGAGAACAAAUGGCUUCUGACGUGCUCAGCAACAAGAGCAAUCUGGAAGACAGCUGCUUGUCCUGUGGUAGGAAGAACCCUGUGUCUUUCCACCCACUCUUUGAGGGUGGCCUCUGCCAGACGUGCCGGGAUCGCUUCUUGGAGCUCUUCUACAUGUAUGAUGAUGAUGGCUACCAGUCCUACUGCACUGUGUGCUGUGAGGGCCGCGAGCUGCUCCUCUGCAGUAACACAAGCUGUUGUCGGUGCUUCUGUGUGGAGUGUCUGGAGGUGCUGGUGGGCACAGGCACAGCCACAGAGGCCAAGCUGCAAGAGCCCUGGAGCUGCUACAUGUGCCUCCCCCAGCGCUGCCACAGUAUCCUGCGACGCAGGAAGGAUUGGAAUGUGCGCCUGCAGGCCUUCUUCACCAGCGAUUCAGGCCUUGAUUAUGAGGCCCCGAAGUUAUAUCCAGCAAUUCCUGCUUCCCGAAGGAGGCCCAUUCGAGUCCUGUCACUGUUUGAUGGAAUUGCGACAGGGUACUUAGUGCUCAAAGAAUUGGGCAUUAAAGUGGAGAAGUAUGUCGCUUCGGAAAUAUGUGAAGAGUCCAUCGCUGUUGGAACAGUAAAGCAUGAGGGGAAUAUUAAAUAUGUGAAUGAUGUCAGGAACAUCACAAGGAAAAAUAUUGAAGAGUGGGGCCCAUUUGAUUUGGUCAUUGGUGGAAGCCCAUGCAAUGAUCUCUCCAAUGUGAAUCCAGCCAGGAAAGGCCUGUAUGAGGGCACUGGCCGACUCUUCUUUGAGUUCUACCACCUGCUGAAUUACUCACGCCCCAAAGAGGGGGAUGACCGGCCAUUCUUUUGGAUGUUUGAGAAUGUGGUGGCCAUGAAGGUUGGUGACAAGAGAGACAUUUCACGUUUCCUGGAGUGUAAUCCAGUGAUGAUCGAUGCCAUCAAGGUCUCUGCUGCUCACAGGGCCCGAUACUUCUGGGGAAACUUACCUGGGAUGAACAGGCCUGUGAUAGCAUCAAAGAACGAUAAACUUGAGCUGCAGGACUGCUUGGAAUACAGCAGGACAGCAAGGAUCUUCGGCUUUCCCGUACACUACACGGACGUGUCCAACAUGGGCCGUGGUGCCCGCCAGAAGCUGCUCGGGAGGUCCUGGAGUGUGCCCGUCAUCAGACACCCCUUCGCCCCCUUGAAGGACUACUUUGCAUGUGAAUAG